CUUUGAAGCUGGUGGCUCACAUUUAAAGUAAAAGCAAUCUGUCUGGUUGAGAUUUCAGGGCAAAAUUAAUCAGGGUUUACGAAAUUCCAUUCAAGUAGAACAGUCUGUCAUGUGACUUGUGGUUGCUGCGGCGACGCGUCUCGUUUUCGGUUGUCAUUGGUAACCGAGGAUGGAGUACACGGGUAGUGAGUACAGGGGAGAGCACCUGCAUGGCAGGCUGGAAGGAAAAGGAGAGUACACCCUCCCAACUGAAACUCGUUAUGAGGGAGAAAUGAAAGAUGGGAUGUUUCAUGGGAAUGGAACACUGUUUUUUCCAAACGGAAGCAAAUUUAUUGCACAAUGGAACCAUGGUAUUGCUCUGCAGGGAAAGUACACAUUUGCAGAUGGACUUGAGUAUGAUAAAGAGGACUGGAGAUACUGUGAUCAGUAUGAUAGGAGAUUUUAUACUGAAAUUUGUAAUGGUCUAAAACCUGCAGGUCGCUCCCAACUUACAGAUUUGGAUCCUCCACGAAAAAUCCAAGAAGGUUGUUAUGAUUGUGGGGAUGGAUUCUAUGACCCACUGACUCGUGUUGUGAAUGACUAUCAGCACAAAUUCCUGAGAAAUGCUGAUGAUGAUGAACAUGAAUGGAUUAUACAGACAUGUCGGAAAGCAUGGGACGAAACUACAGGAUACAGACCAAAACAAUCACAGUCUCCCACAACAUAACAGAAGGCCUGAGUAUAUUAAUGCCAUAUAUUUCUGCAACCAAUUCAUUACAGUAGUACCUAGAAAUAAACACUAAUAUUAUA